AUGGAUGAUGUUGAUUUUCGUUUCAUGGACUUUAAAGAAAUUAUUGAAAAGCUGAUCGGAAAAGAAAAUUCACCUAGCAUACCUGAGGCAAUUGAUAGACUCUUCAUGGACAUAGCAAAUACUAACAGGGAGUCUAUGGCUGAAAUACAGGAUGCUCAGGUUGAAGAAAUGGCAGUAAACCUGUGGAAUUGGGCAAUUACCAAGAGAGUAGGUUUGCUUAUAAAUGAAGAGCAGAAAGCUAAAUGUACGUAUAUAUUUUGUGACUCAUAUUGUGUUUCAUUCUUUUUUUUUUUUUUUUUUUUGAGACAGAGUCUCACUAUGAAUAUGAAAACAGGAAAAGGGUGGGUGAAUGUUGGAAAUGCUCUGAUUGCUGAUGAAUUUUUUCAAGCUGCCAUGGCUAGUGUGGAGCAAUUAUAUGUCAUAUUAAUGCAGAGGAGCUCCAGUGAGGCCCACUUAACCGUGCAGAAGAUUGCUAUUGAGAAAGACCUCUUCAAAGUGCUUUCUUACCAAGCAGAGUCAGCAAUUGCUCAAGGGGAUUUUGAAAGAGCAUCUACAUGUGUACUGCGUUGUAAAGAUAUGUUGAUGAGGCUCCCCAAAAUGACAAGAUAUCUUCAUAUUCUCUGUUACAACUUUGGAGUAGAAACCCACAAGCAGAAUAAAUAUGAAGAAAGCUCUUUCUGGCUUAGCCAAAGCUAUGAUAUUGGGAAGAUGGAUAAGAAUUCUGUUGGGCCAGAAAUGCUGGCUAAAGUUCUACGGUUACUAGCCACCACUUAUUUGGAUUGGGAUAACAAAGAAUAUUAUGAUAAGGCUCUCAGUGCCAUAAACCUAGCAAACAAGGAACAUUUAAAUCCUGCUGGGCUUUUCUUAAAGAUGAAAAUCCUCUUGAAAGGUGAAACAGCUAAUGAAGAACUCCUUGGAGCUGUCAUGGAAAUACUACAUCUAGACAUGUCUUUAGACUUCUGUCUGAACACUGCUAAACUGCUGAUGGAUCAUGAAAGAGAAUCUGUUGGGUUUUAUUUCCUGAAGAUUAUCUGUGAACAUUUUAAGUCAUCAGAAAAUAUUGGAAAAGCUCUGCUGCUCCACAUUGACAUGCUUUUACAAAAGAAGGAAGAACUACUUGCCAAGGAGAAGAUUGAAGAAAUCAUUUUAGGUCACCAAACAGGAAAACAACUGACCACAGAAUUAGUAGACUGGUUACACAACAUUCUGUGGAAAAAAGCUGCCAGAAGUUUUGAGGUACAAAAUUACGCUGAUGCCCUACACUGGUACUGUUAUUCUCUGAGGUUUUAUUCAUCUGAUCACACAGAUCUGAACUUGGCCAAGUUGCAGAGGAACAUGGCUUCCUGUUACCUGCAUUUGAAACAACUUGAUAAGGCCAAAGAGACAGUGACAGAAGCUGAACGUCGUGAUCCUACAAACAUUUUCACUCAAUUUUAUAUAUUCAAGAUUGCAAUCUUAGAGGAAAAUUCUGACAGAGCUUUGCAGGCAAUCACUACUUUAAAGAAUUUAUUAACAGAUAAAGAGCCAGAAGAUAAUGACCUACUUAGAAAUAGAAGUUCACCUACCAUGCUUCUAAGUUUAGCUGCCCAGUUUGCUCUGGAGAAUGGACAACAAAUUGUGGCAGGAAAAGCUUUGGAAUAUUUAGCUCAGCAUUCAGAAGACCCACAACAAGUCCUUACAGCUUUAAAGUAUUUGUUUCGUCUUGUUCUUCCAAAAGUUUUUCAAAUGCUGGAAUCUGAAAAUAAAAAGAAAGAAAUGGAUAGACUUUUGACUUGCUUGAAUAUAGCGCUCCAGAAAUUUGCUCAGCCUUUUGAUAGAGAAACCUCAACUUUGGAUUCAAGGACUGACGAAGCUCAUUGGUUUCGAAAAAUUGCUUGGAACUUGGCUGUACAAUCUGACAAAGACCCAGUGACAAUGAGAGAGUUUUUCAUACUUUCUUAUAAGCUGUCCCAGUUUUGUCCUUCUGAUCAAGUAAUUCUGAUUGCACAGAAAACAUGUUUACUUAUGGCAGCUGCAGUUGAUCUAGAGCAAGGGAGAAAAGCUUCAACAACGUUUGAACAGGUAAUGUUACUAAAUCGUGCACUUGAGCAGAUCCAUAAAUGCAACGACAUCUGGAAUCUCCUGAAACAAACAGGGGACUUCUCAAAUGAUCCAUGUGAGACAUUGCUUCUGCUGUACGAGUUUGAAGUUAAAGCCAAAAUGAAUGAUCCAUCCUUGGACAGCUUCCUGGAAUCAGUGUGGGAGCUGCCUCAUUUAGAAAGUAAAACAUUUGAAACAAUCGCAUCAUUAGCAAUGGAAAUGCCUGCAUACUAUCCUUCUAUUGCUGUCAAGGCCUUGAAAAGGGCUUUAGUGCUCCACAAAAAACAAGAAUCAAUUGAUGUUUUGCAAUACAGGUUAGUAAAUGAAGGCUACUCAGAAAUAGAGAUUCUUUGGUUGAUGAUCAAGUCCUGGAAUACUGGAAUAUUUAUGUACAGAAGAAGCAAGUAUGUAUCUGCUGAAAAGUGGUGUGGCCUAGCAUUGCGUUUCCUUGACCACCUUGGCUCCCUCAAGAGAAGCUAUGAAACUCAGAUGAAUGUUCUAUAUAGUAAGCUUGUGGAAGCAUUAGAUAAAAAGAAGGGCUCACUUUUUAAUGAAGAGGGAAACUACUGGAGCAAGGCAGAUGAGCCGGCAAGCUCACAGCAACCUGAAGAAGUUGUAUUAUUGUCCUGA